GUGUGUGUGCGCGCGCGCGCGUGUAACUGUAUUAGCAGUAACAGGAGGGAAUGGAGUCAGAGCAGGAGUAACUCAUUCACUGAACAGCACUAAAGCCACAGAAUACACAGCAUAGAUUCUGUGUGGGCGUGGCCGAGAUAAGUGAGGAGUGCUGAUGGUGAUGAUGAAGCCCAGAAUAAGUGCUGAUCGGAUCCACAGCGCCGUGCCGAUCACACACUCUUGAGCUUUCGUGCGGGACGAAAUGAGAUAAACACUGGAUGAUUGGAGUCUCAGCAUGGCAGGACUGCAGCUGGUGACCCCUGCCUCCUCUCCCAUGGGGCCUUUCUUCGGCCUGCCGUGGCAGCAGGAAGCUAUCCACGACAACAUAUACACCCCAAGAAAAUAUCAGGUUGAACUUCUCGAAGCAGCUCUCGAACACAACACUAUAGUCUGCUUAAACACAGGCUCAGGGAAGACGUUUAUCGCAGUACUCCUUAUUAAAGAGCUCUCCCACCAAAUCCGACAGGAGGAUGGGAGGAGGACCGUUUUCCUCGUCAAUACAGCUUCAUCUGUGGUUCAGCAAGCCUCCACUGUGAGAACCCAUUCGGAUCUUCGGGUCGGGGAAUACAUAGAAAACUCUGCAUCAUGGACAGAGGACACCUGGAGCGAAGAGAUAAAGGAAAAUCAGGUGCUCGUUAUGACGUGCAACAUCUUCCUGCACGUGCUGAAGUACGGGGUCUUGCCACUAUCACAGAUCAACCUGGUCAUUUUCGACGAGUGCCACCUCGCAAUCACGGACCAUCCCUACCGGGACAUAAUGAAGAAAUGUGAGGACAGUCCAGGCUGCCCACGUAUCCUAGGUUUGACUGCUUCCAUUCUGAAUGGCAAAUGCGACCCGUCUGAUCUGGAGGAGAAGAUCCAGAACUUGGAGAAGAUCCUCAAGAGCAACGCCGAAACCGCCACCGAUCUCGUCGUCCUAGACAGGUACGCGACCCAGCCCAGAGAGGUCGUGCUGGACUGCGGCCCUUACCAGGACAACAGUGGCCUGUCUGAGAGGCUCAUAAAUGAGCUGGACGACGCUCUUCUUUUCCUCAACGACUACAACUUAUCUGCACAUCGCGAGGACCGAGACCCCACCUACAUCUCCAAACAGGUUUUAACCGACUGCAGGGCUGUUUUGACCGUCCUCGGGCCCUGGUGUGCAGACAAAGCAGCCGGCAUCAUGGUGCGCGAGCUGCAGAAGUACAUCAAGCACGAGCAGGCGGAGCUGAACCGCAAGUUCCUGCUCUUUGCCGACACUAUCCUGAGAAAACUGCACGCUCUCUGCGAGGAGCACUUCUCCCCGGCGUCACUCGACCUCAAGUUUGUUACUCCCAAAGUGAUCAAGCUGCUGGAGAUCCUGCACGAAUACAAACCCUUCGAGAGGCAGCAGUUCGAGAGUGUCGAGUGGUACAACAACCGCAAUCAGGACAACUACGUGUCAUGGAGCGACUCCGAGGACGAAGACGAGGACGAGGAGGUCGAGGUGAAGGAAAAGCCAGAGGCCAACUUCCCCUCGCCAUUCACCAACAUUCUCUGCGGAAUCAUCUUCGUUGAAAGGCGUUACACGGCGGUCGUUUUAAAUAGGCUCAUAAAAGAGGCAGGGAAACAGGAUCUAGAGCUGGCCUACAUUAGCAGCAACUUCAUUACUGGCCACAGCAUCGGCAAGAACCAGCCGCGCAACAAGCAGAUGGAAGUGGAAUUCAGAAAACAAGAGGAAGUCUUGAGGAAAUUUCGGGCACACGAGACCAACUUGCUAAUCGCCACCAGCAUCGUAGAGGAAGGCGUGGACAUCCCAAAGUGCAACCUGGUGGUCCGGUUCGACUUGCCCACGGAGUAUCGGUCUUACGUGCAAUCCAAAGGCCGGGCGCGAGCUCCUGUCUCCAAUUACAUCAUGUUGGCCGACAGCGAGCGCACCAAAGCGUUCGAAGAGGACCUCAAAACCUACAAGGCCAUCGAGAAGAUUCUCAGGAACAAGUGUUCCAAGUCGGCCGAGUGUAACGAGUACGAGGUGGAGUCCAUAAUGGACGAUGACAAUAUUCUCCCUCCGUACUCGUUGCGUUCUGAUGACGGAGGCCCAAGAGUCACCAUCAACACAGCGAUCGGCCACGUCAACCGAUACUGUGCAAGGCUUCCUAGUGACCCUUUCACACACCUGGCACCCAAGUGUAAGACUGCAGAGGUGAAAACGGGUGUGUACCAGUCCACACUCUUUCUACCGAUAAACUCACCCCUCAGAGAGCCUAUUACUGGACCCCCGAUGCCCUGCGCGAGGCUUGCAGAGAAAGCUGUUGCACUUAUGUGUUGCGAGAAACUUCACAAAAUAGGCGAGCUGGAUGAUCACUUAAUGCCGGUGGGGAAGGAGACGGUGAAAUAUGAAGAGGAGCUGGACUUGCAUGAUGAAGAGGAAACCAGUGUUCCAGGCAGGCCGGGCUCCACUAAGAGAAGGCAGUGCUACCCCAAAGCCAUCCCAGAAUGCCUGCGAGGCAGUUACCCUGUGCCAGAGCAGUCUUACUACCUAUACGUGAUCGGCAUGGUUCUCACAACUCCUCUUCCCGAUGAGCUCAACUUCCGCCGGAGAAAGCUGUACCCUCCUGAGGACACCACCAGAUGCUUCGGCAUCCUCACAGCAAAACCAAUACCUCGCAUACCACAUUUCCCUGUGUAUACCCGCUCCGGUGAAGUGACCAUCUCCAUAGAACUGCUGAAGUCUGGCUUCACACUGAGCUCAUCCCAGCUGGAGCUCAUCACUCGCCUGCACCAGUACAUCUUCUCUCACAUCCUCCGCCUGGAGAAACCUGCACUCGAGUUCAGGCCCACCGAGGCCGACUCAGCCUAUUGCGUUCUACCUCUCAACGUGGUUGGGGAUUCCAGCGCUUUGGAUAUGGACUUCAAGUUCAUGGAGGAUAUUGAGAAAUCCGAAGCUCGAAUUGGCAUUCCGAAUACCCAGUACACGAAGCAGAACCCAUUUACUUUCAGACUGGAGGAUUACCAGGACGCUGUCAUCAUUCCAAGGUAUCGUAAUUUCGACCAGCCGCAUCGUUUCUACGUAGCUGACGUAUACACGGACCUCACACCGCUCAGUAAAUUCCCCUCCCCAGAAUACGAGACGUUUGCCGAGUACUACAAAACCAAGUACAACCUGGACCUGUCCAACGUCAACCAGCCACUUUUAGACGUGGACCACACAUCGUCCAGGCUGAACCUUUUAACCCCUCGGCACCUAAAUCAAAAAGGCAAAGCGCUUCCUCUGAGCAGUGCCGAGAAGAGGAAGGCCAAGUGGGAGAGUCUGCAAAACAAACAGAUUUUAGUUCCUGAACUAUGUGCCAUUCACCCAAUUCCUGCUUCUCUGUGGAGAAAAGCCGUGUGCCUUCCCAGCAUCCUUUACAGGCUGCACUGCCUCCUGACAGCCGAGGAACUUCGGGCUCAGACGGCCAUCGACGCCGGAGUCGGGGCUCAGAGUCUGCCGCCUGGAUUCAGGUAUUCCAACUUAGACUUUGGAUGGAAGAAAUCCAUCGACAGCAAGUCGUUUAUUUCCUGUCCCAGCACCUGCACAGAAGAUGAGGACGAUGACGAAGACGAGGACGAUGGUGAUGAAGAUCACUGUAAGCCCGCUGAUCACACUGCCCAGGAGGACCUCGGCUCACCCAGACAGGGCACCGUCUCGCAGGAGAACUGCAAUGCACCAGAUAUAAAGCUAGAGACGUGCGCACACCGAGCCCAGCUCUCUGAAGAACCCAGGAGCGCGUAUGAACGCUCCAGGAACCUCAGCAACGUUUGCCUAAACUGCCAGCCAGCGAGUGACGUAUCGACACAAACCACUACCUCAGUUCCGAGCGGCGAGCCCCAGGACGGCCAUGAAUGUAACCUAGACGAGAAAUCAGAUUUUCACGAUGGACGUGUGAAGCAACCUACCUCAGAGCGUUGGCUCGCCUGUGGAACGCCAACCAGCACCGAAGCACCUUCAACAGCACCACCACCGCCGUCGUCGUCAUCAUCGCCGCCGUCUUCAGCACCCGAGACCGUAGCUCUACCCGGGGACUGUGUGAAAGCUCUCGGCCCGAACCCAGGUCUCAUCCUGCAGGCCCUAACCCUCUCCAACGCCAGUGACGGGUUUAAUCUAGAGCGUUUGGAGAUGCUGGGCGACUCCUUCCUUAAACACGCCAUCACCACCUACCUGUUCUGCACUUAUCCCGACGCCCACGAGGGGCGGCUUUCCUACAUGAGGAGCAAGAAGGUCAGUAACUGUAACCUGUACCGCCUGGGGAAGAAGAAGGGUCUGCCCAGUCGCAUGGUGGUGUCUAUCUUCGAUCCGCCGGUGAACUGGCUCCCCCCGGGCUACGUAGUGAACCAGGACAAGAGCACCACUGACAAGUGGGACUCGGAUGAGGCAAAAGACGACAUGGCCAACGGAAAGGCCACCAAGGACGACUUUGACGACGACGAGGACGACGUAGACGACGACGAGGACCUGAUGUGGAAGGAGCCCAAGGACGAGGUGAACGUCGAGGACGACUUGGAGUACUACCACGAGCACAUCAAGUUCAUCGACACCAUGCUAAUCGGCUCUGGCGCCUUCGGGAAGAAGUUCCCCCUCGGCGUCUUUCCUCCCGAACCCAGCUGCGACUGGAAAGCGCCCAAGAAGGCCAUGUUCGCGUCGGACGGCGGCCACGACGACUUCGACUACAGUUCCUGGGACGCCAUGUGCUACCUCGACCCGAGCAAGGCGGCCGAAGAGGACGAGUUCGUAGUCGGCUUCUGGAACCCGGCCGAGGAGAGCUGCGGCGCUCAAACGGCCAAGCAGUGCAUCUCGUACGACCUGCACACGGAGCAGUGCAUCGCAGACAAGAGCAUCGCCGACUGCGUGGAGGCCCUGCUCGGCUGCUACCUGACCAGCUGCGGCGAGAGAGCAGCUCAGAUGUUCCUCUGCUCGCUCGGCCUCAAGGUGCUGCCUGUGAAGAAGAAGAGCAAGAGGAAGGUGGAUGGCGGAGACUGCGGCAGCGGCGGGGACAACAAGGGCGGCGAAAGCGAUGCAGAAGACGAGUACGGGUGGUUACAGAUACCGGCACGCUGCAUGUUCGAGCACCCGGACGCCCAGCGCACUCUUGACCAUUUGAUCUCGGGUUUUGAGAACUUUGAGAAGAAAAUCAACUACGUGUUCAAAAACAAGGCCUACCUCCUGCAGGCCUUCACUCACGCCUCGUAUCAUUAUAACACCAUCACAGAUUGUUACCAGCGGCUGGAGUUCCUAGGUGACGCGAUUCUAGACUACCUCAUAACGAAGCACCUUUACGAAGACCCGCGGCAGCACUCUCCCGGCGUCCUGACUGACCUGCGCUCCGCGCUCGUCAACAACACCAUAUUCGCUUCACUCGCCGUCAAAUACGACUACCACAAGUACUUUAAAGCCGUCUCGCCCGAGCUGUUCCACGUCAUCGACGAUUUUGUGCAAUUUCAGCUGGAGAAGAACGAAAUGCAAGGAAUGGACUCCGAGCUUCGCCGAUCCGAGGAAGACGAGGAGAAAGAGGAGGAUAUUGAGGUCCCUAAAGCAAUGGGGGACAUCUUCGAAUCACUAGCCGGGGCAAUUUACAUGGAUAGCAAGAUGUCACUCGAGACCGUUUGGCAAGUGUAUUAUCCAAUGAUGAGGCCGCUGAUAGAGAAAUUCUCCGCCAACGUCCCUCGCUCACCCGUGCGAGAGUUACUGGAGAUGGAACCCGAGACGGCCAAGUUCAGUCCCGCCGAGAGGACGUAUGACGGGAAGGUUCGUGUGACCGUGGAGGUGGUGGGAAAAGGAAAGUUCAAAGGAGUCGGUCGGAGCUAUCGCAUCGCUAAAUCGGCAGCGGCACGGCGCGCCCUGCGCAGCCUCAAAGCCAAUCAACCUCAGACGCGCAUAUCAGCAUCACUGCCUGGCCUCACCCUGACUAACACUCCUCCGAGUGCAAUCUGAGCAAGAGUUCAGCGACCCUGCACGCCUCGCCUCGGUUCGAUCUUCUGCGUUCGAUCUGGAUUGAGUGGCCGGCCCGGAAGGAAGAAAUAGUUUGGGUAAAAAAAUAAAUAAAUUAUAUAAAAAAAAAACUGAGGCCAUUUUCCUGACAAAUGGAAAAUCAAGCAGCCAAGAUGCAUGUGGUGUCUUAGGAGUAAAAUUUAGUGCAGCGCUGUCGAAUUUUAGUUCACAUUGGCUGAACAUUGUCCUGAAAGAUUAAAAACAAAUUUUUUGAUUUAUAAACUAAAUCAUUUAUGAUUGCUUUGUGCGACAAUUCAUGUAUUGGCACACUGAUUAAAAAAAAUAUAUAAAAUUUUACAUUUAUAUACGUUUGUGUGUGAAGUGAUGAAAUGAAGUAGUUCCACUAACAUCCUGUAGGUGGUGCACUCCAAACUAUUCGCACAGUACAGCGUCCCGUGUGGUUGGUAUGUUUGUUUAGAAUUGUGACAAAAUCUGAAGGGAGGAAAAAUGUGAUAUCAAAUCACAGACACUUUUUUUGUUUUUUAUUGUGCCAAUCGCGAUACAAACCGAAUCGCCACCUCGGUAUCGUGAGAUUGUUUCGUGAGGUACCUGGUGAUUCCCGUCCCUAUUAUAACCGCCCACAUAUGUAUGGAUAAUAAUAAUAAAAAGUCUAAUCGUAAGGUGGUUACUGUGGAAGGAAUUGGUAAUUAUAUCUAAGGUUGUUUUUUGUUUUUUUUUCCUCUUGUGUAAUGUCUUCUCAGUAUCUUCAUGAAUGAGGCAAUGAGAGGCAGCUGAGGAAAACGUCUCAAGCAGCUAUAACUUAAGAGAUGACCGGUGCUAAGUAAUUUAUCAAACAUUCCACAGGAUUUAAUAUAACUCUUUAACUGAAAAAAGUAUGACGUGUUGAUUUGAGAAAGUAAUAUUCACAGUCGGUUAAAAAAAAAAGUCAGAUCCUUCAGGAAGACACGGUACAGCUUUAACGUUUUCGCUUAUAGUCGAUCGAAACUCAUCAGCCAGUCAGAUGAAGUGGGCGUGGUUUGAGGCAGGUAUUUGCUGUGCAUUAGCUACAUGCAUAAAACAGAAACUCGUAACUUCAGCGCACUACAUUUAUCUUGGCUACUUGACCCCAUCUAUUUUCUUUUUCAGAGUAGACAGGAAGCAAUUUUUAUUUAUUUUUUUACACCAAACUAUUCUGCUGUGUAUCUAACUUUUCUUUUGCAUCCAGCUUUUCAACAUAUUUCUUCUAUCUAAAUAUCAGAUGUUCGUGAAGCUCUUCUGUACACAAUGUGAAAUGGUUUAUACGGUGCCACACCCACUCUUUUUCAUCUACGUCAUCAAACGAUUAAGCACUCGAGCUAAAGCUUAGAGAACAACGUCACCGCCGUGUAAAACAACCGCUUUACUUCCUUCGCUAUUGGAAGGGGGUUUCGGCGUCAGGUAGUCCUCCGUCGUAUUGCAGAAUGCGUUUUUUUGUUUCUCUUCCUGGCUCAAAGGUUUGUUCUUUUUUUUUGUUUGUUUCUUUUUCUUUUUUCUUCGUACAUGUAGCACAAAUGAGCAUUGCACUUGGGCGCCAUAUUUUACCUCAUGUCAGAAAGAAAAAAAUGUAUAUAUGAUUAUACCGUUACAUAAAAAAAAAAAAAGAAUUGUGGUUUUGGCCUUUGCUGCUGUUCCAAUGUUGGUAUUUUACAAUUGUAUUUAAAAAAAAGAGUAAUAAUAAAUGAUCAGAAAGAUACAACAUACACCGUGCCUGCAGGACGUCAUCAGAGAAUUACACUGUAGAAAAAAAAAAAAAAACAAUUGUUGAUCUCUACAAUCUGGGGCAAAAUGUAUGUCCUGUGUAUACCUUCAUGUCCUGCCUUAAUGUUGAUAUUGUCAAUAUUCAAUUGUAAAUCGAUGGGUUUCUCAGACAGGCAUGUCUUGUGUUAAUUAUGUUUAGCCCCUCCCCCUCAUUAGUUAGAUUAUAUUUAACAUAUCGUAGUUCCAGUUGAAGUUAGUGCAUGUCAGUAAAGAGCGCCCCCCCCCCCUUUAUUUGGUUUAUAUACCUGUUAUGUAAUCAUUUUGCAGCCCCGAAAUUCAUACUUUUUUUUUUUUUUUUGUAAAGGGCUUGAUCAAGCAGUUGUGUACAUUUUCAGUAUUUUAACAUUUUGCUCUUUUUUUUUUUUUUUUUGUUCCCCUUAGUUGUGUUCUGACCGAAAAACAAAAAACUAAUAAUCAAAUGCACUCGUAUCAGCAUCGAGCUGGUUCCAGAAUUUUUAUGUGAAUUUUUUUCCUCCCCGGGAACGGGGUUACUGGUGGGAACGCAGCGCUCGAGACGGGCAGCGUUUUCAUCUCGAGGAGUUCCCGAGGGCCAUCGCGCAGCUGCAGCGCUGUUUCGAGGGACAUGAACGAAUUCUUAUUCAUACUGUAAAAGUGCUGCAGUGGUUUACGAUCUGCACCUUAUGGAUCACAAACACCUUUAAUACUCUUUAUUUUACCUGUUCCCCCCUCCCCAAAUAAUUGUAGUUAAAUGUAUCUACAAUAAAGUUAUGGUAUGGUCGUCCA